UCGUUUUGAUAGUCUAGCUGCAAGUAAAACUGCCACUAACAAAGAAUCUUAUAAUACAUCAGAUAGAUUCACUAUUUAUUUGCUGCUUUCUUCUUUUUAUGGAUCAGGGACCACUGCUAUCGAAAGGCAUGGGAUUAUUGGUAGUAAGAUAAAAUGUUGGCAACAAUCCAAAAUACCAACUAGUAUCUUUAUUGAUGAUGACAUGCUUAAGGACAGAUUUUUCCACUUAAGGAAUGGAAAAGUUAUUGUUAUUGCGACAAUUAUGUCAUAG